GUAUCAGAAAGUUAGGGGUUUGGGUUUAUGGCUUAUCUGUUCGCUUCAGUUAGACUUUUUCCGGACUCAUGCAUGAAUCUUCUUUCACAUAUUAAAAGCGAAGAGUUUGUUGCAUUGCUUACUGAGCCAUAAUAAAUAGGGUUAGUAAUUUACGUAAGUUCUUUUUCCAGCAAUAGGUGUUCAUGUAGAAAUGUAUAGCUAGUAGUCUAAUUGUCCGUCUUCUUUUUACUGUUAUGUGGAACAUUGACCUUUUAUAUUGACAUGGUAAUUAAACAGCUAACGGCAAUCCUUUUAUCUACAAAAGGAGUAUAUAACAGAUAAAGAAAGAAACCUGUUGACUAUUUUUGGAACAGAACAUAGCUGAUAACUAUUUUUAGCUCUCGGAAAUCCCUCCUAUCCAUUCCUUUAUUGUCAGUUACUUCUAAUAUUUUGUUACUGUAAAAAAAACUUCUAGUGGUUUGCGGCAUUUCCUUUUGAGAUUUUUUCCCCAUUUUGGUCCGUGCUACAUUAGGAAAGAAAUAAAAGAGGAAUUUUAAAGGGAACUUCAUUUCUGUGAAAUCUCUAUCUUCUGUUCUGGUCUUUCCGAAUUCAAUUUCGCUUUGCAUUGCUGUUUAUCUUCUCUCCUCUCCAUCCAAGGACUGUAAUGGGGAGUAGGCAUGAUGAUGUUUCCUUGCUAGGGAAAAACAGAUUGAUACCAGGUUCUUGGUUCUUGUUAUUGGCAUGUGCCUUUACACCAAGCUGAAGUUUUCAGUGUUCAGCUGCCUUCCAAAGAUAUUGGCUAGAAAGACUGCAAAGAUUGGUCUCGAUCUGAUUCACUUGUUCAAGAAGGCAUCACAUGUGCUUAUGGGCUGCCUUUGCUCCAAAGGCGCCAAAGAUCAUGCUGAUGCCACUUCCGAAAACAGAGAACCAUCAAGUAAAGAUGACCCUAAGACUGCAUCAGGUACGAAUGAUGGCAGCAAAGUCAUGCCAUAUGCUGGAGAGAAGGUGGUGGUAGCUUUUGAUGCUAGGUUCAGCAGUUGUAAUAAUGCAGAGUUGAAAGGGCUCUCAGGUGAGCAUGUUGUUUAUGGGUGGCCAACUUGGCUUGCAAAUGUGGCGCCUAAAGCAGUAGAAGGCUGGUUGCCUCGACGAGCCGAUUCAUUUGAGAAAUUAGACAAGAUUGGACAAGGAACUUACAGUAUUGUGUAUAAAGCCCGAGAUCUUGAAACAGGGAAGAUUGUUGCACUAAAGAAGGUGCGGUUCGUCAACAUGGAUCCUGAAAGUGUUCGCUUUAUGGCUAGAGAAAUCCAUAUUCUUCGGAGACUGGAUCAUCCAAAUAUCAUAAAGCUUGAAGGAAUUGUAACAUCUCGUGUGUCGCAGAGCCUGUAUCUGGUUUUUGAAUACAUGGAACAUGACCUUUCCAGUCUUAUUGCAAGUCCAGGCCUCAAACUCACCGAGUCACAGAUAAAGUGCUUCGUUCAGCAGCUGCUUCAUGGCCUUGAUCAUUGUCACAAAAAUGGAGUUCUGCAUCGAGACAUCAAAGGAUUGAACCUCUUGAUUGACAGCAAUGGAGUACUGAAGAUUGCAGACUUUGGCCUGGCAACAUCUUUCGACCCUGACAAUCCACAACCACUAACUAGCCGUGUUGUGACAUUGUGGUACAGACCACCAGAGCUUUUACUUGGUUCCACAGAGUAUGGUGUCGCUGUGGAUAUGUGGAGUACAGGGUGUAUUGUGGCAGAACUCUUUGCUGGCAAACCAAUCAUGCCAGGAAGAACCGAGGUGGAGCAAAUUCACAAGAUCUUUAAGCUCUGUGGGUCGCCGAUGGAUGACUAUUGCAAGAAAUCAAAGGUGCCAGAAACAGCGAUGUUCAAGCCUCAGCAGCAAUAUAGGCGGUGUGUUGCUGAGACUUUCAAAGAUUUUCCUCCUUCCACUGUAGUUCUCAUAGACUCCUUGCUUUCAUUAGAACCAGAAGUUCGUGGAACAGCUUCCUCAGCUCUUCAGAGUGAUUUUUUUAAAACAAAGCCACUUGCUUGUGACCCUUCAAGUCUACCGAAACUUCCAGCAAGCAAGGAGUAUGAUGUUAGACUCAGGCAAGAGGAAGAGAGGAGGCAAAGAAAGGCAGCUCUUGGUGGACGAGGAGCUGAAUGUUCCAAACCAGGAAAUGAAAAUCAUGUAACCAGUCGUGCUGUCAAUGGUGCUGCUGAAUCGAAGGAACACGCGCAUGCCAGUUCAAAGAGCAACAGCGUGAAGUUCUACCCCGAGGAUAGCGUGCCCGGUUUCCGGGUGGAGCCACGCCCGUUGCCAACCACGGUGCAGGUUCCUGGAUUUGGCUCUACAUGGAACAUGGGAGGUUACACAGAUCAUCCAACGACGCCUGGUUGUGCCUGCAGUUCUGUUCAUGUCGCAAAUUCCUCUACCUCGAGGACAAAGGCAUCAUCGCAUUCACAUAUACCACAGUUUUGCACGACAGAUCUGAGGAAUGCAGUUGAGGUUACAUAUCAGAAUCAGCCACCUGAUAGGCCUGCAUCAUCUCACAACAAGAACCCCCUAGAGAACCAUGGAAGGAAGCUCAGGAGGAUCCACCACUCGGGGCCAUUGGUGCCGCUGGGAGGGAAUAUCGAGGACAUGCUCAAGGAGCACGAGAGGCACAUCCAAGAGGCGGUGCGCAAGGCACGGCUCGGCAAGACGAGCAGGCAGCGAGCAGCUGAAAAGGUCGUACGGGAGCUCUGCGAACAUGGACCGGAUUUCAGAGGUGUCAGCACCACAUUCGUCUGCGAAGCUGCCGUUUCACGUUGCUGCAGGUCCCCCUGUAUAGAGUUUUAGCAUGUAACCGUGUGUUCUCAUAUAGGAUAUUGGGGUGUUUAUAUACUUUAUAAACUGAAAAAGCGCAGGGCAUGACUGAAUUUAUAGAUCUCUCUGCUCUUUUUCCUUCUUAGUGUAUUUUUUAUGGUAACUCCUUGUUAGUGUAUAAUAGUACCUGAACCUAGAGUUUCAUCAAGGUUUGGUACACUUGA